AAAAUCUAGUAUCUCUGCGUCUUAAAUAGCUUGUGUUAAACCAUGAAUUAGAAAGCAAAGCAAACCAAAAACUCAAACACAUGGGAACAUGAAGCAAGUUCUUUCCGUCUAGGUGUGUGUCUGUCUAUAUGGACAUAAAUUUUCUUCCUGUGAAAUUGACUGUACGCUAAUUAAUAAGGCAACCACUUUUUAUCUUUUUCCUUUUCCUUUUCUUUUCCCCAUUUAUUAUGGCAGAAGCUUAAGGUAGCAUAGACAAACCAACGUGUGUUUUGGCUUGUGGAGUUGUGGGCUAAUAAAUUUGAAGUCAAUCAAAAGUUGGCUACAACUAUGCAAACAGAAAUCAUCUCUUCGUUACAGAGAGAGAAGUUUAUCCUUGAGUUAAUAAUGAUAUAAAUAAAGAGAAGAAAGAGAAAAAGAAGAGAGAAUGGAUGUGAGGAACAUUGCUGUGGUGGUGGAAGAUGUGGAUGCAGCUAGAACUGCACUACAAUGGGCACUUCACAACAUCAUUCGCUAUGGCGACAUAAUCACACUCCUCCAUGUCUACCCUUUAACAAGAUCCAAAACAAAAAACAAAGCUCGUCUUCUUCGCCUCAAGGGCUUCCAGUUAGCACUUUCCUUCCAACAAGACAUUUACAACAACUUCUCCAAUACAAAGGUUGAGAUUGUUGUCACGGAAGAUAACCGGGAGGGAAUGAAAAUUGUGGCCACGGUGCGUUGCGACGCGAAGAAGGAGCUCUGGGUGAAGGACGAUGAAGGAUGGCUCACGCAGGAGGAUGCUCGCGCUCUGAAUUCGCGGCAACUUGGGGGUUGCUUGCGCGAUCUGAUGAUGGAGGCUGUAGAGACUCGCGACGGCAGCGAAUGGUUGCUCAUGGUGGUGGUGGUUCAAUGUGAGCUUGAAGGAUUCGUGGUGUUGAUGGCAGCUUUUUGGCAAUGGCGACCUUGCGAUGGCGACCUUGCGAUGGCAUAG